AAAUACUUAAUAUUCAGAAUACUCGUGGCAUGUAAACGUGAGAGCUCGGUAAUACUUUCGGAGCACUGCACAUGCGCAGUAAGGACGUGAGUGUUACACUCUCAGUAAUGGCUGUUGGUUGAAAUGGUUCAGUUCCUGCAUUUCUACCUCCGUGGAAUUAUUAACAAAAUUGAAACCGCUAGCCUGGGCUGACCCAAGCUAAAAUGGUUGAUUUUCGACCGGAGAAGCUUCAUGAAUUAGAAAGAAACGCAUUAAAUCUAACACAGGAAUUGUGAACAGGAAACAUGGCAGUGAAGGAUAAACUCAAAGCUGUCUUGAACGUGGGUCUGCGGGUGCCCAGCAUCAUGCUCUUGGAUGUUCUCUACCGAUGGGACGUGAGUUCCUUCUUCCAGCAGAUCCAGAAAAGCCCACUCAACAACAACCCCCUCUUCCAAUACAAAUACCUGGCGCUCAACAUGCACUAUGUGGGAUAUAUAUUAAGCGUCGUUCUCCUGACGUUGCCUCGGCAACAGCUGGUCCAGCUCUACCUGUAUGUUCUCACCGCAUUGCUCCUGUUCGCUGGCCAUCAGAUCUCCAGAGAUUAUGUGCGGAACGAACUGGAAUCUGAAUAUGAUGGUCCAAUAUACCUAGAGCCUCUUACAAUGAAUCGCUUCACAACUGCACUCAUUGGUCAGCUGGUAGUGUGCACUCUCUGCUCUUGCGUCAUGCGCACCAAACAGAUCUGGCUCUUCUCCGCCCACCUGCUGCCCCUGGUGGCACGUCUCUGUCUGGUGCCCCUGGAAACCAUCGUCUUCGUCAACCGCUUUGCCAUGAUCUUCACCGGCCUCGAGGUGCUCUACUUCCUGGCCUCCAACCUGUUGGUCCCCUUCAACCUGGCCAAGACUGCAUACAGAGAGCUGGCGCAGGUGGUGGAGGUGUACGGUCUCCUGGCUCUGGGCAUGUCCCUGUGGAAUCAGCUGGUGGUGCCGGUCCUGUUCAUGGUCUUCUGGCUGGUUCUGUUCGCUCUGCAGAUCUACUCCUACUUCAGCACCAGAGACCAGCCCACCUCCAGAGAGAGGCUACUCUUCUUCUUUCUCACAAGCAUUGCAGAGUGCUGCAGCACCCCCUACUCUCUGCUGGGUUUGGUGUUCACUGUCUCCUUCGUGGCUCUGGGUGUCCUCACCCUCUGCAAGUUUUACCUGCAGGGAUACCGUGCCUUCAUGAACGACAACACAAUGAACAGGGGGAUGACGGAGGGUAUCACAUUGCUGAUCCUGGCUGUUCAGACAGGGCUGAUUGAGCUGCAGGUGAUUCACCGAGCAUUCCUCCUCAGCAUCAUUCUCUUCAUCGUAGUGGCCUCCAUCCUGCAGUCCAUGCUGGAGAUUGCUGACCCUAUCGUCCUCGCACUCGGAGCCUCUCGAGACAAGAGCCUGUGGAAGCACUUCCGUGCAGUGAGCCUCUGUCUCUUUCUCCUGGUGUUCCCAACCUACAUGGCCUACAUGAUCUGCCAGUUCUUCCACAUGGACUUUUGGCUUCUCAUCAUCAUCUCAAGCAGUAUUCUCACCUCCCUGCAGGUGCUGGGCACACUCUUAAUCUAUGUGCUGUUUAUGGUGGAGGAGUUCCGCAAAGAGCCAGUGGAGAACAUGGACGACGUCAUCUACUACGUCAACGGCACCUACCGGCUGCUGGAGUUCCUGGUGGCCCUUUGCGUGGUGGUCUACGGUGUCUCGGAGACCAUCUUUGGGGAGUGGACUGUCAUGGGGUCCACCAUCAUCUUCAUCCACUCCUACUACAAUGUGUGGUUGCGAGCUCAGCUGGGCUGGCAGAACUUCCUGCUGCGCCGAGAUGCCGUCAACAAGAUCAAAUGCCUGCCCAUGGCCACAGACGAGCAGCUCGAGAAACACAACGAUAUCUGUGCCAUCUGUUACCAGGAUAUGAAGUCGGCGGUAAUCACCCCCUGCAGUCACUUCUUCCACGCUAGCUGCCUCAAGAAAUGGCUGUACGUCCAGGAGACCUGCCCCCUUUGUCACAGCCAACUAAAAAGCCAAUCACAGCACGCCACAGCAGCUGCACCUCCUCAGGGGGCGGUGCAACCCCCAGCACAGGAAGUCCCCCAGAACCAGGAGAGGGCUGAGCAGGAGAACCCUCCUCCGGAAGAGCAGGGGAGCCAGGGGACACCCUUACAAGAGGGAUCUGGCUCCAGCAGCAGAGACUCGCCAGGGGAGGGACAAUCUGGGGGUUCAAGCAGCACUGUGCUGAAAUCUCCAGAUACCCAGAGGCAGCCCAAACUGGAAUGCCAAGGCAGCAGUCUAGAGGGACUAACAACUGUCCCAGGUGUCCAAGCCAGUAGACAGGAGGCUUACUGUUCAUCUCCACACUGCACUGCUGGAUCGAAUGAUUCAGAAAGCAUGAAUACACAUUCCAGUGUAGGGGUUUUAAAGGAGCAUCAGUGAGACUCUGAGGUACCCAGUCAUCACAUUGCUGGAUGUUUACAGGAUUCCCCAGGGAUACCAGAAGAGGCAGUUGAGAGGCUUGCAGAAUCUGUGAGGACACUUUCAAAUGAAAAUUCUUGUUUUUAAAAUGGGCGUCAGCAGCCAUUAGAGUAAAGGAAACUCAACAGUAAAGACAGAAUGUAAACCUUGGUAUAUAAAUGCGUCUGUGUUUGCUAGAUCUGAACACCGUGACUGUUAAAAAGGAAGGUCGAGGUCAACAUUUCGUAGAUGCAAAUCUAAUGUGAACAGCACAGACCUGAAGAAUGUGUUUUACUAGAAGCUUUAAGCACGCUUAGGCUAGCAUGCUGCCACUGUCUUGUUUAAGCUGUAUUUCUUUUUUUUUUUUUUUUUUUUUUAAUAUUAUGCCACUGCAUUUGCACAGAUGUAACUUAUAGCAAUGCUACAAAGUUGUCUUGUAAGGUACCAAAUGCUUUUUUGGUGCAUAUGAAGAAAAUACAUAGUUACACAUAAAUAAAAUGUAACUUUUUGAUAUACAGUAUUGUGCAGUACCAGCUAAAGUGAAGUGGACUGAAGCUUAUGUGAACACUUUUGUGACCCCUUGAGGAUAAAAGUGGGAUGAGCUUUUGACCAUGGAUAAGGGCUUGGUGCAAGCAAAAAAAAAAAAAGUGUUAUUUGGCAUUAAUUUGCAUUUGUGAGAAUGAAUACAUUGUGUAUGAUUAAACUUGGCAAAUGCCAUUUUUGUAGCAUCUAGAAAUCUUUUGUGCACUUUCUCAUGAAGGGAAAGGCAGCUUGUGAAGUGUAUACAUUUUUACAUUCAUCAUGAACUAGAUUUGUUUAGACAUUUCUUUUAUUUUUUUGAAUGAAGAGACUUUUUUUUUUUUUUUUUUUUAAACUUGACAUUUUUUGUGUCAAUGAAUACUGUCAGUUUUAUUUGUGAUCAUGGAAGAGAGCUGACUUACUUAAAGUCCUAUUUUAUUUUACAAAACUGAAUGUCUAAAUAAACUAAAAUCAUGAAUUGCA